AAGAGUAAUUUGUUUCUGUGGCAAGCAGAGGAAGCCCUGUGUGAGCAUGUAAGGAGUAGAUGAAUUCUGAGUGCAUGUGUGUUGUUGGCAUGUUUCACCAUGUCAAGGAUUUCCGUGUGUCCAACUCAUGGAAUCUCGAAAGCAUCCCUCAGGAACAGAAACCCUGAUUAAGACACCAGCUUUGCUCGCUCCCUCUGCCUGCAGCUUUCUCUUGAUCUGCAACUUGUGGAUAAGAUGUGAGUUCUCAACUACUUCUCUAGCACCAUGCCUGCCUACCUGCUGAAGUGAUCUUCACCACAAUGAUAACCCUCUGAAACUCUUCCAUGUCACAACUAGAGUUGGAAAAUUAUCUCAACUUAUGCUGUUGUGUACAGCACCAUGUCCCAAGUACACCUCCUGCUGCUCUUGGCUGCCCUGGUACUGACCAGCCAUGUACACGGAGCCACACUGAGGAAUGAAGACACGUGGAAGCCUCUGAGCAACCCCAGAAACCGAGAACUGUUUUUCAGAAGCCUCCAGGCCUACUUUAAGGGCAGAGGACUUGAUCUUGGGAACCUUCCAAAUACCUUCUUCCUGAAUGAGGACCCCAGACCUCUCUCUUUCGGGUCUGAGCAUAUUGCUUCUGCAUUUGCAGACUACGAAGAGCAGAAAAACUCCCUCCGUAAUUCCUACAAAGGCUGAAAGCCCAGAUGACCAUGUUAAAGCUGCAGUAGAGCUUUCCAAGAGAAAAUUCAACCAGUGCUGAAGUCUCGUGUGUGUUUUCCCUUCCAUAUUAGUCAGUUUAUACUUAUUUUGCUCUGCAUUCCCAGAUUUUACGUGUAAACAGCUGAACCUUUGGAACACAUGAUACUGACAUGUAUAUUUCAGUAUUUUUCUCUUUUAUGACCGUAACUAUUGAGUGGGAGGUUGCAUGUAUUUGAAGGAGUUACAAAAAUACCACAGGUGAAAUGAAAUGAUAAUUUUCCUAAUUAGAUAUUUUAUUGAAGAUCGUCCUUUAUAUUCAUUAUCUAUUAUCGAGCAACACUUUUAUUUAAACAAGAUACGUUUACUUGUUACUAUAGUAUAUUGUAUGGAAUAAUAGAGAUUCUGACCUGUUUGCUACAGUGUAUCAUAUGUAAUAGGGAUUCAGGCUUAGGAUUUGUUUUUCCUCUUUUUCUCCUAAAAAGAUAAUGCAGCCCUACAUUUAGCAUGUACUACUGAAAUCUCCCCUGCUAGUCUUGUACUGAAUGAGGGCAGUGGAUACCCACAAAGAGUUGAACUAGAAAACAAAGAGAUUCUAGUUGCUUCAAGGUCUCUGGGAGAUGCUUGUAUGCUGUGUUCAAAGGUAAAACAUUGUCCCAUGUCAAAUAUCCCAGCUUAACACCAAUCUUACCUUAAAUACAAGUCACCCAACAAGGAACAGUAGCAAAGGGUGAAGUCCCCACUCUUCCAACAAAGCCACUCUCUUUGUCAUAGCUCAUACCAAGCCCUUCCAAUUCCCAUAAUUUCAUUUGACUUAGCUACAUUUUCUGUUUAUAUUUUUACAAAUAUUGGCAAUGUUUUCUCUGUGAUUCAAACAAGAAACAUUGUACUAAAAUUCACACAGCACUGUUGUGGUAUUAUAAGUCAAAUCAGCUUACUGUAGAUUUUUGUAGAGUCAAGUUGAUGCUGAAUAUGAAGAAUAAAAUACUUGUGUGAGAA